GUUCAUGAAUUAAUGAUCUUUUCUAUUUGGUUUUAUUUGGUGUUGGUUCCAAUAUUCCUCACCUGCAGCAUCCAUGACUCUGAUUCUGGGUUUCUAUGGAUCUGUGACUUUACAAUUGGGUCCAAAUGACUCACGCCUUUUGCAAACUAACCGAUUCUUUGUUCAGUCUGUUAAGGUGGAAGAAAUAGGUGAGCACAAUCCUGGUAUAAUGUUGUAUGGAUUUCACAAAAAACCUCUCUUGGAUAUUGACAUCUCCUGGACUGAAAUUCAUGAAACAAUGGUACCACUUGACUUUCACAAGGAGUGGUUAUUCUUCUUAAACAAAGGGUCUGAAGUAAACAUUUCUUACAGUGUAAAAUCCUCAGGAUCCUCUCCUUUAUCCCUUGUCAUUGCCCAAGGUAGAGAAAACUUCCUUGAGUGGAUGGAAGAUCCAUCACAUUCUAAUACAACUCUGUCAUGGAAUAUUAUAUAUGGACACGGUAAGAUCCAGCAGAGGAUUCCUAUUUCAUCUGAUUAUUACAUAGCAGUCAUUAAUUUCAAUCCUGAGGAAGUGCAGAUAGAACUGAAGUUCUCUUUCAAGGCUUUCAUCUAUAACACGGCUGGAGCAUAUUACACAUGCACCCUGAGCAACCAUUUAUGUAAUUUGAAUCUUCACCUUCUAGGGACAUAUGCUGUUGUCCUAUCUUCUUCAGGUCUUGAUGAGGGAACUCCUGACAGUAACAGGUAUGUCAAAGUCUCUUAUGGACCAAGAUGGAUUACGUACUUUGCAGGAUCAGCUCUGAUGACCAUACUCAUCUUAUUUGCCAUUAGAUUCUGUAAUCCAUUCCGCACUCCCAGUACAGAUGAAACAGGACUUCGUGUAGAAGAAAUGAUAUCAGAGAGAACCCCAUUGCUUCAACCAAAGGAUGAUGACGUCUCAAGCUGGGGUUCUUCUUAUGAUUCCAUAUCACAUGAUGAGGAGGAUCUUGAAGAGUGGGUCGCAGCAAAUUCUGUUGAAAUACCAAAAGAAGGAGAAAGCAACAACCCUCCACGUCUUUGUGUUGUUUGCUUUGAUGCCCCAAGAGAUUGCUUCUUCCUUCCAUGCGGACACUGUGCUACCUGUUUUACUUGUGGAACAAGGAUUGCAGAAGAUGCUGGUACUUGUCCAAUAUGUCGAAGAAAGAUGAAGAAAGUGCGCAAGAUAUUUUCAGUUUAAGCAUUUAAUUACAGUAAACUGUGCUAGCACAGUGGCACUCAUGAUGGCAGCUUGGAUAUAUUUUUGUGAUAGAUUGGUUUGGAUUCAGUUGGGAGUUCUGUAGAAAUUAGGAUUGUAUGAAAUUUGUUAACUUGAAAUUAACAAAAUCAGAAGCUAACUUAAAAUUAGUAUCUUAUGAUAAAAUUAUGAUUGGUUGUAAAAAAGAAGUUAUCAAUAUAAGUGGGGCAUGGUUAUGGUCA